AGUAUGCUAUAAUUUUUCGUGCGCCCUUCUCCAAUCAGAUAAUCAUUAAUUAAUUAAAUAAUUUAAACAUUAAAUACUGUUAAACAAUAUCAGAAAAAAUGUUAACGGAUACGGACGAUGAUUACUUCUUUGAAGAGGAUAAAAUCAUUUUAACGGAGUCUGCCGUCAUUACACCACUAUUGCUCAACGAGAAUUCUACACAUUUGGCGAUGCAACCACAACAGGAAAUGCAGACGAAUUCAAAUGCUGUCAAUUCCGAUUUUGAAGUAGAAUUAGUGGUUGACAACGAACGGAAGUCGACACCCGAAACUGACGAUGUCGCUCAGACUAAUAUUAUUGUGCCCCUUUUGAGCGAGCGUUUAAUUGAGUUCGAUAGGCAAAAAUUUGAAUUAGACCGACUGGGCAUGACGGUGACUGUGAGUUCGGUGGUGAUUACAAAGGAUCAGAGCAAUUUGAUAGGAAUUAGCAUAGGCGGCGGCGCGCCACUGUGCCCCUGUCUUUACAUAGUACAGGUCUUCGAUGGCACACCAGCGGCGCGUGAAGGCUCACUGCAAAGCGGCGAUGAACUGUUAGCUGUCAACUCGGUGAGUGUGAAGGGCAAAACAAAGGUGGAAGUGGCGAAAAUGAUACAGGCCGCCACUACAACGGUAACCAUACACUACAAUAAACUGCAUGCCGAUCCGGAGCAGGGCAAAUCGUUGGACAUUAUAUUGAAGAAAUUAAAGCAUCGCAUAGUGGAUAAUAUGUCCAGCAACACCGCAGAUACAUUGGGUCUUUCGCGUGCCAUUCUCUGUAAUGAUUCAUUGGUUAAGCGCCUGGAAGAACUUGAGGGCACCGAAUUGAUGUAUAAAGGUUUGGUGGAACAUGCGCGCCGCAUGCUCAAAGCCUACUACGAUCUACUGCAGACAUAUAAGGCAUUCGGUGAUUGCUUUACACAUAUAAGUGCGCAUGAACCGCAACAGCGGGCAUCUGAGGCGUUUCGCAUGUUCGGUGAAUUUCAUCGGAAUCUGGAAAAGGAUGGUUUGAAUAUUAUCAAGCAAAUUAAACCGGUGCUCUCCGACUUGGGGACAUAUUUGAACAAGGCGAUUCCGGACACCAAAUUAACGGUACGCCGUUAUGCCGAUGCCAAAUUCACCUAUCUCUCCUACUGUUUAAAGGUGAAGGAGAUGGACGAUGAGGAGCAUAGCUUCGCAGCGCUGCAGGAUCCGCUCUAUCGCGUCGAGACGGGCAACUACGAAUACAGACUGAUUUUGCGUUGUCGUCAGGAUGCGCGCAAUAAAUUCGCCAAAUUGCGCACGGAUGUGUUGGAAAAGAUGGAACUGCUCGAGUGCAAGCAUGCAAUGGAUUUGAAUAAACAAUUACGCAGUUUGCUCGACAGUUUGGCACAGCUCAAUCGUUCGGUUGUAGAGCGUAUAGAAGCGUUGCCGCCACUCUUUCCGAUUGAAGUUGAUUUCAAAGAAACCGACUUCCAAUAUAAAUCCACCACUCUGAAGCCACAAGAUCUGGAUGAGGAAGAGGAGGAAGAGCAGACGAUCGUGCGUACCGAUUCGCACAGUCUGCGAAUGGCAAGCACAGAAGUCGUUUGUGGCUUAGAAGCUGUAGAAACACCAGCACCAGUGGUAAAUAUACAACAAAAAGAUAAUCUGCUGGACGAGCUCGCUACGACAUCUGAUCAGAGUGUGGACAAUAAUGAAACAUUACUCAAAGAGUUGGGUCUAUUCGGCGUGGAUCUUAUGUCAAAUCCACAAACAUUAACGAAUCAAAAGGACUCGGUGGCCGCACAGAAUGGCGCUUAUGAUUUCGAUUUAUUCCUUAAUCAGUCGGCAGCAAUGGCAACACAAUUGGAACAGGAUUUAAUGUCAGCGAAUGCGCUCGAAACCGAUUUGUUGUUACAGUGAAUCUACUUUUUGUGUGUGAUGGUCAUGAAUUUCGGAAAAAAAUAUUUGUAAGUUGUGCGUUUUAAGUUAGUAUUAGUGGAAGUAUUAGCUA